UACUUUAACAUAAUUUAGUUUGACCGCAUGAUUGAGUUGGAGCCCGAACAUACUGCUAGAUGUAUCCUGGCUAGCACUCUUCUCUUGUACUCUCCAGCAGCUAUCCUCCUACCAUAUCAACAAGUUACUUCAGAUUUCAUAGCAUCUGGUACUGGAUACUUCACAGGGCUAGAACCAUCAUCAGGUCAAAGCAAUAUCCAAAUAUGUAAUGCUGUGAAUAUCUCAAUGGCUGUCGUAGUGAUAGUGUUUGCAUUCACCUUCAAUACUCUCUACCUUAAGUACAAGCAUGCUGUCAUAAUCAACAGUGAGGUUGGCCAAGCACAGAAAAAUUUAAUAGACAUAAAGACUGCCCUAACAGCAGUGACUAUUCUACUUCUUCUGGUUAGUUCUGCGAUUGUUGUUCAGAACUUUGUAGAUAGUGAGGAGACCCCGCUCAUACAACUUUUGCUGCCUUGCUGCACCGUAACAAUGAUCAACAUGUACUUCUGCAAAAAUCAGAAUGUAGUAGCACACUUCACUCAUUGGCUGAAGGGUAAAAGAGACACUUUAGAGUUCUCCUUGUUGAACUCAAUCCUGAAUAUAAUGUUGACUAGAUGGAGAAGAAGUAACCAUGUGUCUCCUAACACGGUUAAUAUUGAGAUGAAUGAUAUACGGCCAUCAACUGGAAAUGAUCAACCUGAUGGAAGAGAGACUUCUGCAGAAGCUGAUCAUGUCCCAUCCGAUUAG